AAGACAGCUAUGAUUCUGUCCGAACGAUUUCCUAGUGGUGUGACCUUGAGUAACCCAACCUCUCUGGGCUUUCCUUCCUUUAUUUGCAGGAGGGACGGGUUAUUGGACAAGCCUCAUAGCUCACACUCUGCUGAAGAAACAAAGGUCUCAUGCAUAGGGGGCGCACAGCAAGUCUGGAGUCAGGAGGGUGACAGCGGCUGCUGUUUGCAGAGCCUCUGCCCCAUGCGUGGCACCGUGCCUGUCCACGUCUCAGCAGGCUCAUGAACGUGUUUGUAUCAGCGUUUUACAGGGAGGUUGAGUGACUUUGCCCAGGUCUCCUAAAGUGUGGCUGCUCUCCACCUGUUGAGUGUGACCCCGGCUUUUUGGGUUUGGUCUGGCAACUUAAGAGUUCAAAAAUGACAGUUUCCACAAAACCUAAGCAGAAUGCAGCAGCAUGCUGGUAUUCCGUAGCUGAUCUCAUUGGGAUGGCUUAAAUUCUCCCUGGCUUCGCAACAGCAUAAUUUUGCUGUCUGGUCACCUGAGAUACCCUUUGAGUCCCCGCUCUUCCUUGGGAGGCCAGGAAAGCAAAGCAGCAACUGGAAGCCAUUUGUGUCAAGGUCACAUCUGCAGAAAUGAAAGAUCAGGAAAGGCCAGUGCCCCCACUGGCCACCAUCCAGCCCAAGCCAGCCCUGAGCCAGCUGCCCGCCAGGACUUCCAGGGUGCUGGGGCCCCGGCCGCAGCCCCUCCUGAGCACCGGGCCCCGGCCGCGCUUCCUGAGCAGCUCACUUCCCGUUCAGCUGUUGGCGCAGGGGCCUCUGCCGGCCCUCCAGCCCCUGGCUGCCAAUGGACGGGGUGCCACACCGGCCCCUUCGCCGGCCCCUGACACACCGGCGCUCGCGUCUGUGUCACCCAGCCCAGCGAAUUUCUUUCUUUCCGGCUUGCACACAAAACACACCGAGAAACUCAAAAAGUCCUUAAAAGUGAAAACACGUUCUGGGCGGAUAUCUCGACCUCCCAAGUAUAAAGCUAAAGAUUAUAAAUUCAUAAAAACGGAGGAUUUGGCCGACGGGCACCCGUCCGAUUCUGACGACUAUUCCGAACUGAGUGUGGAAGACGACGACGAGCAGAGGGAAAAGCAGGUGCUCUUCGACUUGUCCGGCUGCUCCCUGAGGCCCAAGACUUUCAAGUGUCAGACGUGUGAGAAGUCCUACAUCGGAAAGGGGGGCCUGGCCCGGCAUCUUAAACUGAACCCAAGCCACGGCCGGUUGGAGCCUGAGGUGUUGAUGUCUGAAAAAGCCAAUGGGAGCGUGACUCGAGGCAGGACCGCUGGCCUGAUGUCACCGGAGCUGUCCACACCAGCCCUUCGAAGCGAGGAAGGGGCCCAGUCGCCAGGGGCUGGCCCGCAGAAUAGCCAGUCUCUAGAAGUUGAAGAGGCCUUGGUGUCUGAACCAGAAAACGGAAGUUACUCAGCCCUUUUGGGAUCCGAGAGACACCUAGACCCCAGAAGUGACUUGUCCGUGGCCCUGACGGAGGCCAGCACAGCCGUCGUCGGGCGAAGCAGAGCAGCUCACCUAGCCAGGGGUGCCCGUGCAGCAGGGGUACAGAGCGCUUCAAGAACCCGAGCUGGGCUCAAGGAGUUUCUGCACCAGUGUGACCGGGACGCGCUGGUACAGUUGGCGCUGCCUCAGCUGGCCCAGGCCGUGAGCGUGUACGAGUUUCUGCUGAUGAAGGUUGAAACAGGUCAUCUAGCAAAACCUUUGUUCCCAGCUGUGUAUAAGGAAUUUGAAGAGUUGCAUAAAAUGGUUAAGAAGAUGUGUCAAGACUACCUCAGUGGUGCUGGUCUGUGUUCCCGGGAGCCUCUGGAAAUAAGCAACAGUAAGGUGGCCGAGUCUUUGGGACUCACUGAGUUCCUGAGGAAACAGGAGGCACACGUGCAGUGCGGGGAGCCGGGCCUGGCCGAAGCGGAGGACGGCCACCAGCAGAAGCGGGGACACGAGACUGCAGAGGAGGGACUGGCCUGGGCGAAGAGGACCAGAAGAGAAGCCCCAGCCCCGGCCCCAGCCAGCCCAGAGCCUCCUGCCGACCGCGGAGGCCCGCAGAAGCCUCCCGCCUGCGCCCCGGCCUCCAGCGAGGGUUGUGCCCCUCACGUAAGUGGAAGCGGCUCUUACGACUCAGCAGAAAGCCACACGACGCUGGUUUCCAAGAGUGACAGAAGCGUGUUGCCUGCAGACCAGCAGCUCAAAGCCCUUGCUGACUUAGAGGCCAACAGUGGGUCCACAGCUCCUGUUCUCUCGUAUCAGCACGUCGGCGGGCCGAGUCUUUGUCCUCCGUUAGAAGAGCCCAGGACUCAGACGCAGGGACAGGUGGCAGCAUUCUCUGAGGAGAAUGUUCCGGAACACUGUCUAGCCUGGAAGGUGGGGGACAGCCUCAGGCCCCGGGCUCUCUGCAGCACCUUGACGUCCACUGGAGGAGCAGACUCCCUGCCGCCUUCUGGGUCUGGAAGCCUCGAGAUGCAGGACUCCCCCCAAAGAGGCCAGCGGUCCAGCCCUAGCCACGUCCUGCUUAUGGAAGACACAGGCCCUCCACCGGCGAAGGUUCUGUCUGUGGACACGGUGCCGGCUGACUGUGCCCACAGGACUGUGCGGGAGUGGGGGCUGGGCCAGGCGGGGUCACCGUCCUCUGACGGGGGUCAGGGAAGUCAGGCAGGGGAUUCACACCCCUUCCCCUGUGGGCCCGAGGCCUGUGCUGAGCAGGGAGGACUGGAGAGUAUUAUUGCUGUGGGUGAAGCUGUGGCUUUUGAAAUUACCCACGGGUGCCAUGAGUUGUUGUCUCAGGGACAAGAACCGCUAUUUAUUCAGAGCUCCGAUGGGCUGAUCUUGUCCCAUCCGGGUUCCCUAGUGUCUGGGGAGGAGGACCUCGUCCUGGUGGCUGGUGCGGAUGGGCCUGCCCUGCACACGGGCCCCCGGGAAGGGGCCCCCCCAGAAGGCACAGAGGCAGAAGCCACACAGUGAAGUCGGACCGCGGUCCGGACGUGUGGGUAUUUUAGCUGGAGAAGGUCUACUUGAAGUAAUGUAUAUUUUUCUAUGGUGAAUACGGAUGCAAAUGAAAGUCUUAUUUAUAAAGAUAAUGUCUUUCUA